GGGGGUGGGGCGGGCACUCUGCCCACGACGCGCCGAGGCCGCGGUGGGUCCUGGGAAGGAGAGCUGUCUGAGGCCCGCGGCCUGGUCGUGGUCGGUCUCUGAGGCUCCGGAAGGCGCAGUUUGCGACGCUGGCUCGGGGUCCCCGUCGCGCCGAGAGCCUUGCUUGCGCGGGCCGAGGUAGGGGAAGGGCCCGCCCUACCCGAGCCUGUCCCCGCCGGGGCCCGGGGGCCGGGGUGCCGGGGACGGUGGCCCUGCCCCGAGCUCGGGAAGCCUUGGUUGCCCGGCUAGCAGCGCGGAGGAGACGCCCCAGCUGCGGCUCCGUUGAAGGCGGCGGCGCUGGGGGCGCGGGUCGGGCCCAGGCUCGGGGCCCCCGCCGCGGCGGGGAGGGAGCUGGCGCGGGCGUCCCUGACCCUCGUGACGAGGGCGGUGGAUGCGGAGCCCGGGCGCCGGCCCGCGCGUCAGCUCGUCGCUCUCCCCGCCAGCUCCGCCUUCCACGCUCGGUUCUCCGCGGGCCCUGCCGUGAGCCAUGUCUCAGGGGUCAGUGACAUUCAGAGAUGUGGCUGUAGACUUCUCCCGGGAGGAGUGGGAAUGGCUCCAGCCUGCUCAAAGAGAUUUGUACAGACAUGUAAUGUUGGAGAACUAUGGCCACCUGGUCUCACUGGGUCUUAACAUUUCUAAGCCAGAUGUGGUUUCCUUACUGGAGCAAGGGAAAGAGCCCUGGCUGGGGAAAGAUGCGAGCAGAGGUCUGUUUACAGCUUCAGAGUCAAAUGGUGAGAUCAAAGAGUUUUCUCCAAAAAAUGUCAUAUACGAAGAUGAUUCAUCUCAGUAUUUGAUAAUGGAAAGAUUUCUAAGCCAAGGCCUUGAGUAUUCCAGUUUUAAAGAAGGCUGGAAAUGUGAGGGUGAUACUGAGAUGCUGCAGGGAAAUCAGGGAUAUAUCAGGCAAGUGACAGUUUCCCAUCAAGAAGCCCUGUCUCAACAUAUGAAUGUUAGUACUGUGGAGAGACCCUAUGGAUGCCAUGAAUGUGGAAAAACUUUCAGUCGGCGCUUUUCCCUUGUGUUACAUCAGAGAACUCAUACUGGAGAGAAACCAUAUGUAUGUAAGGAAUGUGGGAAAACCUUUAGCCAGAUCUCAAACCUCGUAAAACAUCAGAUGAUACAUACGGGAAAGAAACCGCAUGAGUGUAAAGACUGUAAUAAAACAUUCAGUUACCUUUCAUUCCUCAUUGAACAUCAAAGAACACAUACUGGGGAGAAACCCUAUGAAUGUACCGAAUGUGGAAAGGCCUUUAGCCGUGCCUCAAACCUCACUCGACAUCAGAGAAUUCACAUAGGAAAGAAACAGUAUGUAUGUAGGAGAUGUGGGAAGGCCUUUAGCAGUGGCUCUGAACUCAUUCGCCAUCAGAUUACACACACUGGAGAGAAACCUUAUGAAUGCAUUGAGUGUGGGAAGGCAUUUCGCCGGUCUUCACACCUUACCCGGCAUCAGAGUGUCCAUACCUCUAAAACCCCCUAUGAAUGUAACGAAUGCAGUAAAGCCUUCCGUUGCCACUCAUUCCUUAUUAAACAUCAGAGAAUUCAUGCUGGAGAAAAGCUCUAUGAAUGUGAUGAAUGUGGUAAAGUUUUCACGUGGCAUGCAUCCCUUGCACAACAUAUGAAAAUUCAUACUGGAGAAAAGCCCUAUGCAUGUACUGAAUGUGACAAAACCUUUAGUCGGAGCUUUUCCCUCAUUCUACAUCAGAUAACUCACACUGGGGAGAAGCCCUAUGUAUGUAAGGUAUGCAAUAAAUCCUUCAGCUGGAGCUCAAACCUUGCUAAACAUCAGAGAACACACACUCUAGAGAAUCCCUAUGAAUAUGAAAAUUCAUUUAACUACCAUUCAUUCCUUGCUGAACACCAGGGAAUUCACACUGUAGAGAAAACCUAAGAAUGUAUGGAUUAAAAAAAAAAAAAGCAGCUAAUGCCUUACUUCAGAGAACUCUUGGAAAGAAGCCUUAUGUGAAUGUGUUGAUUGUGAUGAAAUGUGGUCUCUGCUUUAUUCAGUAUUCUGGAGAAAAACCCAAGGAAUGUAUGGGAAAGCCAUUAAUAGCUGCUUAUUCUUUUUGUAAUACCAGAAGAUGAAAUCAAACAAUACUGAGAAGACUCUUCAUCUGGUAGGAUUCCCUUAAUCUACAUUUGUAAAUUCCUACCAGGAAAGGAUACAUAUCCAAUAAAUGU